GCAGAGAGGCAGUAAACUUCAGGAGAGGUCUCUCUCCUGUUCCAACAGGACCCAAGGAGACACCACACCAUGGAAGUCACUCUCAGGAGGCACCUCCUGAGUUUUGCUGUUUUCCUGAUGCAUUGUGUGGUCCACAAGGCGAGCUGUGAGAAAGGCAACACUUCCCCUCUGCACUUCACCCACUUCUUCUACAAUGCCACCAUCUAUGAGAAUUCAGCCCCCAAGACCUACGUGGAGAGCUACGUCAAAAUGGGCAUUUAUAAGACAGACCCCAAGUGGGACAUCAGAUACAGAAUAGCCUCUGGAGACAACACGGGUGUCUUUAAAACAGAGGAGCAUGUGAUUGGAGAUUUCUGCUUCUUGAGAAUAAGAACAAGGAGCAGCAACACAGCACUUUUAAACCGGGAGGUCAAAGACACUUACAUGUUAAUAAUCAAGGCCACAGAGAGCACCUUUGUCCACGAAGCCUGGGCCAAAGUCUUGAUCCACAUUCUGGAUAGAAAUGACCUGAAACCUCUCUUUUCACCCCCCUCCUACAAAGUGUCCAUCAAAGAAGACACUCCCCUGAAAACGGUGGUGAGCACAGUCAGUGCGACUGAUGCUGAUGCUGGCCAGAAUGCCGAGUUCUACUAUGCCCUCAACACAAAGUCCGACCUAUUCACCAUCCAUCCCACCACAGGAGCAGUUAUGACCACAGGUAGGCUGAACAGCACUCAUCGAGGCAGGCACCACCUGCAGGUUUUGGCUGUGGACAGAAUGAGAAAGAUCACAGAGGGGAAUGGCUUUGGGAACUUGGCUAGUCUCAUGAUCCAAGUGGAGCCAUCUGCCAGGAAACCUCCCUCUAUCUCUUCCGUGAAGGUGACACCACCUGACUCAGCCGAAGACUUUCUCUAUGCAACUCUGUCUGUAGAAAGUGGUGACUCAGAAGCAGGGAUAGAUUUGGUUGACUUUGUGGAUGGAGAUCCGGGGAGACAUUUCAAAGCCAUCAAAUCCUACUUUGGGAGCACUGAGUUCAUGAUUGUGUCAACAAAAGAGAUCAACUGGCUACUUUACCCAUUUGGUUUCAACCUCAGUCUGCAGGCCAAGGACAAGAGCAAGCCACCACUGUUCUCUCCUAUUAAAGUUAUCCAUAUACCUCCCUCCAAGUACGUCUCUGCUAGGUUUGAGAAAGAAGCAUACUGGGUCCAGCUCAGUGAAUUUUCCCCAGCCGGAAGCCAGGUUGUUAUGGUGAAGGUCACACCAGUCUUUCCAAAUCUUAAAUAUAUUUUGAAACCCACUCCUGACAGUACAAGCUUUAAAAUCAAUCCUCACACUGGACUGAUAACCACAGCCAGAGCAAUGGACUUCCAUGAGCAGUCUCAUUUUGAACUUGAAGUUACAACCAUUACCAGUCACACAUCCACAACUGUGGUCAUUGACAUCACUGACUGCAACAACCACGCUCCAAGUUUUAGUCAGUCUUCAUACCGCGGGGCCUUCGAUGAAAACGUUCCUCCUGGUACCAGUGUCUUAACAGUACGGGCUACAGAUGAAGAUGAAGGAGACAAUGGCUUUGUCACCUACACCAUAGCCAACCAGCAGUCGGUUCCCUUUGUCAUCGACCCUUAUUCUGGUGUCAUUUCCACCUCCAAGUCGAUGGACUAUGAGUUGAUGCAGAGGUGGUAUCAUCUGCGAGUGUGGGCGUCAGACUGGGGCUCACCCUUCCGCCAUGAAACAGAGGUGUACGUCUCCCUCAUGCUGAGCAACGUCAAUGACAACGCCCCUGUGUUUGAGAAGGCGAGCUGCAGCGGCUCCAUCCCACGGGACUUUCCCGUUGGGAACCCCGUGGCCACGGUCUCUGCCAUCGAUAGUGAUGAGCUGCAGCAUAUCAAAUACGAAAUCAAGUCUGGCAACGAGUUACGGCACUUUGAACUGAAUCCCGUCUCUGGAGUAAUAUCCCUCAGAGUGUCUCUGCGAGAUCUUCCUCCUGAACAGCCACUUUUCUACUCUUUGAAAAUAACUGCAACAGAUGGAGAGAACUACGCGUUGCCAACAUCUGUAAACAUCACUGUGGUCGGCCAAGGUCUCCCCGUCAAGAUGCAGUGUGAGGAAACAGGAGUCUUGAAACAGCUGACAGAAACUAUCAUACACUCCAUUGAGUCUCAGUCUCAAGGCCACGGGCAGGAUGAUGAAACAUCUCUGAACUUGCACCUCGUAAACCAUAAUGCCCCAAAGUUCAAUGACAGCUUUCCACGAUCUAUUGACAUCAUAGAGACUGUUCCUGUCAACUCAACUAUUGCUGACCUUUCAGCUAUUGAUCCCGAUACUGGUUUUAAUGGAAAAUUGGUCUAUGUGAUCUCAGAUGGAAACGAUGACAGUUGCUUUACCAUUGACCUGGAACUGGGUCUUCUUCAAGUCCUUUCUCCUCUAGAUCAUGAACGAACCAGCUUCUACAUUCUUAACAUUACUGUGUACGACCUUGGGACACCACAAAAAUCAUCUUGGAAACUCUUAGCUGUGAAUGUCUUGGAUACCAAUGAUAACACUCCUAAAUUUCCACAGGGUGCCUACUGGGUGGCGAUACCGGAACAUGUAGCAACAGGGACAACAAUAGCUCAACUGAAAGCAGAAGAUGCUGAUACAGAUGACAAUGGGAGAGUAAAAUAUUCUCUCCUAACCCCCACUGAUAAGUUUGCCAUUAACAGUGUCACUGGAGAUGUGACAGUCACAGGUGCCCUGGAUAGAGAAUUGUGGCCUAGCUAUGUGCUGAAAAUAGAAGCUAGGGACCAGCCCAAAACAGGCUACCAGCUGUUCUCCGUGACGGAUCUCAUCGUGACUCUGGAGGAUGUUAAUGACAACACUCCACAAUGCAUCCCAGCCCUCAACAGUGUGAAGGUCCCAGAGGACCUGCCCGUGGGAACCAUUCUCCUGUUUCUGGAGGCUUUUGACCCAGACGUUGGCUCUGGGGGUGAGGUGAGGUACAACCUCAUUAAUGAUGAGGAGAUGAUGUUUCAUGUGGAUAAGCUGACCGGGGCACUCCGUCUGGAGAAGGAGCUGGACUAUGAGAAGAAGGACUCUUACAAUCUAACCGUGCAGGUCAGUGACGGUGGGAAGCCCUUCUCUCGCUCUUCCCUCUGCCACCUGGAAGUGAACAUCCUUGACGUCAACGAGAACUUGCACCCACCACGUUUUGCCUCCUUUGUCUUCAAAGGCUGGGUACAGGAGAACAGCCCUGAGGGCACAUCAGUGAUGAUGGUCACAGCAAAAGAUAUUGAUAAGGGGAAAGAUGGAGAGGUUCAAUAUUUCCUCCGAGAGGGCACUGGCCUGUCUGUCUUCCACAUUGAAAAGGACACAGGCAUUAUCCAGACCAUAGGACCACUCGACCGAGAAAUAACAUCGCACUACUGGCUGACAGUGCUAGCUCUUGACCUGGGAACAGUUCCUCUGUCUUCUGUGACUGAAAUUUAUAUUGAAGUCACUGAUACCAAUGACAACCCACCUCAGAUGUCCAGACCCGUCUUCUAUGUGUCUGUGAUGGAGAAUUCCCCACCAAACACAUCUGUCCUUCAGCUUGAUGCCCUAGAUCCAGACUCUAGCUCAGACGGAAAAUUGACUUUUCAUAUCCUAACUGGAAAUCCUCAAGGACUUUUCACCAUUAACCUCAUUACAGGUCUGAUUUCUACAACUUCACAGCAGCUGGAUCGAGAAUACAAGGCUGAACAUAUCCUAGAGGUGGCUGUUUCUGACAAUGGAGAGCCAGCCCUGAAGUCCACCAGCAGAGUUGUGAUACAAGUCCUGGAUGCCAAUGACAACCCUCCCAGCUUCCCACACAAGCUCUUCGUGGUGCAGCUUCCCGAAAGAGAUGCCUCAGAGACACCACUGCCAGUCUACAGGCUCAUCGCUUCAGACCGUGACCAGGGCCAGAACAGCCAGAUCACCUACACCAUCGAGGAGGAGGAGGAAGGGAUAUUCACCAUCAACCCCACAACCGGCAUGGUGUUCUCUAGGAAAGCUUUUCCUGCCUCUGAAUACAACAUACUCACGGUGAAGGCAACUGACGGCGGCAGCCCACCGCUCUCCUCCCACGUGCGGCUCCACAUCGGCUGGGUCUCCCGGCCAGGCCCCUCCUCGGAGCCCCUCGCUUUCGAUGAACCCCAUUAUAACUUUGCCGUGAUGGAAACGGAUCCUGUAAACCACAUGGUGGGAGUGAUCAGCAUCGAAACGGGCCCCAGCCAAGUGUGGUUUAAUAUCACAGGUGGUGACGAUGACAUGGAUUUUGACAUUGAAAAGAGUACAGGCAGCGUGGUCAUUGCAAGACCCCUUGAUGCACGGAAGAAGUCAAGCUAUAACCUGACAGUAGAAGUCACCGAUGGGUCCACUACCAUCAAAACCCAGGCAUUUAUCCAUGUGAUUGACAUUAACCAGCACCGUCCUGAGUUCCUGGAGAGCCAUUAUGAAAGGAGGAUUCCUGAAGACACCCCCCCAGGGAGAGAAAUCCUUCAAGUCAGUGCAACAGACAAGGACAAAGGCAAGGGGCUCAUCUACACCAUCCAUGGCAGCAUGGACCCCAAAAGUACAAGACUUUUCCAGUUGGAUCCAAGCAGUGGGGUCCUCACUGCAGCAGAAGGCUUCAGUUCCCAGCCCAUGCCUCAGCAUAUCCUAACAGUCAUGGUACGAGACCAGGAGGUCCCCAUCAAGAGGAACUUUGUUCGAGUCACUAUCCGUGUAGACAACUGCAACCUUCACCCUCCACAGUUCAGCAGCAUCCAUUAUGAAGCAGAAGUGCUGGACUUAGCAGCAGUAGGCACAGAGGUUUUACAAGUCAGAGCCCUUGAUCAGGACCAAGGGACCAAUGCUGAAGUCCGCUACUCCCUUCAGACAGGUAAUGGGGAAGGUUUCUUUAGCAUCGACCCAUAUUCUGGAAUUAUUACUGUUGCCCAGAAACUGGAUCCAUCCAGGCAGGAGCGAUUUACUCUUAUUGUAAAGGCAGAAGAUCAGGCGUUCCCUCAGUUUAAAGAUUCUGCCACGGUCCACAUCCGCAUUAGACCCUCUGAUCGAACCCCUCCAAAAUUUGCAGAGGCUGAAUACAUCACAGAGAUCAGUGAAUCCACCACUGUUGGCUCUCCUCUGAUCCAGGUUUCCGCCACAAGCUUGUCACCAGUCAGCUAUGAAAUAAAAGAUGGAAAUGGAGAUGGAGUGUUCUCCAUGAACUAUCAGUCAGGCCUUAUCUCCACUCAGAAGAGCUUAGAUUUUGAGCAAGUGUCUUUUUACCAGUUGAAAGUCCGUGGCACCAACAUGGCUGGGGCAUUUAUGGACACAAUGGUACUUAUCUAUGUCAUAGAUGAGAAUGACAAUGUGCCCAUCUUCACUAAGCCUUCCUUCAUUGGCUGGAUCAUGGAGAAUGCACCAUCACAAAGCAUGGUCCUGGAUGAAAACAAUGCUCCCCUCGUGACCCACGCAACAGAUGCUGAUCAAGACUCCAAUGCUCUGCUGGUCUAUGAGAUUUUGGAGCCGGAGGCACUGAAAUAUUUCACAGUAGAUCCCAGCACAGGGACAUUGACCAGUCGUGCUGACAUAGACUAUGAGCUCACCCCAGUUUUCCACUUCAGUGUACAUGUGCGUGACAGUGGCACUCCCAGCUUAUUUGCAUCCAAGCCAGCCAAGGUCACAAUCCACGUUAAAGAUGUGAAUGAUUCACCUCCUGUCUUUUUCAAAGACACUUAUGAGCUUUCUGUCUUGCUACCUGCCCACCCAGGGAUGGAGCUUUUAUCAGUGCAGGCAAAAGAUGCAGAUUCGGAGGUCGCCUACAGCAUAGUGGAAGGGAAUAUUGACAAUGCUUUCUAUAUUCAUCCAAUCACAGGUCUCAUCUCCAUUCUUAAUGCCACGGGCCUGAGAAGCUAUCGUGAACUCAUGGUCAGAGCUGAUGAUGGCUUAUACAAGAGUACUGCUCUGGUUAAACUGAAUUUAACUCGCACACAAGGUACAGGCUUAAAAUUUGAUCAAGACGUAUAUACAGCAACUGUGAUGGAGAACUCUACAGAUGAGAAGACUCUCACUGUUCUUGGAGUCAAGGGAUAUCAGCUAAAUGAACCACUUUUCUAUUCACUUUUGAAUGGAAAGGAAAGAUUCAAAAUGAUCCAGGCAUCUGGAGUACUCCAGACCAAGGGUGUGAAAUUUGACCGCGAAGCACAAGAUGUGCACGAGGUAGCUGUGGAAGUGAAGGACAACAGGAAGCCACCAAGAGUGUCCCAAGCCACAGUCAAGGUUUACGUAGAGGAUGUCAAUGACAAUCCACCACAGUUUGAGAACGUGCCGUAUUACACCUCAGUGCAGGACGGCACUGAACCAGGUGAUGUACUUUUUCAGGUGUCAGCAACAGACAAAGACAUAGGCGAAAACGGAGCCAUUACCUACUCAUUUGCAGAGGACUACAAAUACUUUAGGAUUGACCCCUACCUAGGGGACAUCUCACUGAAAAAGCCUCUCGAUUAUCAAGCUUUAAAUAAAUACAACCUCCGAGUCAUCGCUAAGGACAAAGGCCAACCUCCCCUCCGUGCUGAAGAGGAGGUUGUGGUCAGCGUGAGGAACAAAUCCAACCCUCUGUUCCAGAGUUUGUACUACCGAGUGAAGGUGCCAGAAAACAUCCCUCUCUACACAUCUAUCCUCCACAUCCAGGCUCGCAGCCCUGAAGGCUUGCGCCUCAUCUACAACAUCGUGGAGGAAGACUCCCUGAAACUCUUCAGCACCGACUUCAAAACUGGCGUCCUUACUGUCACAGGGCAGCUGGACUACGAGCUGGAGACAAAACACAUGUUCACCGUUAGAGCCACAGACACAGCGCUAGGAUCCUUUUCAGAAGCCAGAGUAGAGGUGGACGUAGAGGAUGUCAAUGACAACCCCCCCAUAUUUUCUCAGGUCAUCUACACAGCAUCAGUCUCGGAGAGUUUGCCAGCACAGACUCCCGUUGUCCAGCUCUUUGCUUCUGAUAAGGACUCAGGCAGAAACAAAGUGGUCUCCUAUCAGAUCUUGGAUGAUGGCUCCGAUGCUGCCAAGUUCUUUAAUAUCGAUGCCAGCACAGGGCAAAUAACAACAGCUCAAGCACUGGAUUAUGAAAAAAAUCAGCAGUUUCGCAUGAAAGUAAGAGCUGCAGACCAUGGGAUACCUCCACUUAGCAGUGAUGCCCUGGUAAUUGUAGAUGUGACAGACAUCAAUGACAAUCCUCCCGAGUUCAGCCAGCUUCAGUACGAAGCCAAGGUAAGCGAAAUGGCUACUUGUGGGCACAUCGUGAUCAAAGUCCAGGCCCUGGACCCCGACAGUGGAGACACCACCCGACUGGAAUACGUGAUACUCUCAGGCAAUGACAAUAGGCAUUUCACUAUCAACAGCACUUCUGGAAUAAUAUCCAUGUUCAACCGCUGCAAAAAGGACUUGGAGUCAUCUUACAAUCUCAGGGUUUCUGCUUCAGAUGGAGUUUUCAAGAGCACUGUGCCCGUGUAUAUCAAUACCACUAAUGCCAACAAAUACAGCCCCUCUUUUCAGCAGAAUGUGUAUGAGGCAGAGCUGGCAGAAAAUGCUGAGAUAGGUACCAAAGUGAUUGAGUUGCUGGCUAUUGACCCAGAUGGUGGCCCAUAUGGCACCAUAGAUUAUACCAUCAUAAACAAGCUCGCCCAUGAGAAGUUCUCCAUAGACAGUAAAGGCCAUAUUGCCACACUGCAAAAACUGGACAGAGAAAAUUCAACAGAGAGGGUCAUUGCCAUUAAAGUCAUGGCCAAGGAUGGAGGUGGGAAGGUGGCAUUCUGUACGGUCAAAAUAAUCCUUACAGAUGAGAAUGACAACCCACCUCAGUUCAAAGCCUCCGAGUACACACUGUCCAUCCAGUCCAAUGUAAGCAAAGGCUCCCCUGUUAUCCAGGUACUGGCUUAUGAUGCUGAUGAAGGUGCAAAUGCAGAUGUCAUUUACUCUGUUGACUCCGUGGAAGAUAUAACAGAAGACCUUGUGGAAAUCAAUGCUGCCACUGGGGUUGUUAAGGUCAAGGAGAGCCUUGUUGGUUUAGAAAACAGAGCCUUUAACUUCAAGGUGAAAGCUGAAGAUGGCAGACCCCCUCACUGGAACUCCCUUGUCCCAGUCAAUCUUCAGAUUGUCCCCAGGGAGGUGACAUUGCCAAAGUUUUCUGAGCCCCUUUAUACGUUCUCUGCAUCUGAGGAUCUUCCAGAGGGAUCAGAAAUAGGGUCAGUCAAAGCUUUUGCAGAGGAUCCCAUCAUAUACAGCCUGGUGAAGGGAACCACUACAGAGAGUAACAAGGAUGAGGUGUUCACACUGGAUGAACAAACAGGGGUUUUGAAAAUCAACAAGGCCAUGGAUCAUGAGACCACUAAGUGGUACCAGAUCGAUGUUAUGGCUCACUGCUCACAUCAGGAGACUGAGCUGGUUUCUCUGGUCUCUGUGAACAUUCAAGUGCAGGAUGUCAAUGACAACAGACCUGUUUUUGAGGCAGAUCCCUAUAAAGCUUUUGUCAUGGAGAACAUGCCUUCAGGAACCACAGUAAUUCAAGUGACAGCUAACGACCAGGACAUGGGAAGUGACGGACAGGUGACCUACAGUCUGGAAGCAGAAUCUGGCAACCUCCAAGGACUCUUCACCAUUGAUGGUGAGAGCGGGUGGAUCACCACACUAAAAGAGCUGGACUGUGAAGAUCAGGAGAUCUAUCGGUUUUAUGUCGUGGCCACUGACCAUGGCAGGAAAGUCCAGCUUUCUUCCCAAACCCUGGUGGAGGUCACUGUCUCUGACGAAAACGAUAACGCACCACAGUUCACCUCAGAUUUCUAUAAAGGAUCAGUAAUUGAGAACGCAGAGCCAGGGCAGGUUGUUGUCACCCUGAGUACCAUCGACGCAGACAUCUCUGAGCAGAACCGGCGGGUCACAUGCUACAUAACUGAAGGAGAUGUAAUGGGACAGUUCACAGUUAACCAAAUUGAGGGUGAAUGGACAAUUUCUUCCAAGAAACCUCUGGACAGAGAAGAUACAGAGAAAUAUCUCCUCAAGGUUAUGGCUUCUGAUGGGAAAUUUCAGGCUACCACUGAAGUGGAAAUUUAUGUUCUUGAUAUCAAUGACAACAGCCCUGAGUGUGGCCAGUUAUUCUACACUGGGAGAGUCUCUGAAGAUGCUCUACCGGGUGCCUUCAUUUUGAAAAUCUCAGCAACUGACCCUGACGUUGGCAGCAAUGCCCAGAUAACGUACAGCCUCCACGGCCCUGGCGCAGAGGAGUUCCGGCUGGGCCCACACACAGGGGAACUGACAACAUCUGCACCUCUUGACCGUGAACAGAAACCCACGUACCACCUCGUUGCCAAAGCCACUGAUGGAGGAGGCCGUUCCUGCCAGGCAGAUAUAACGCUGAUCGUAGAGGACACAAACGACAACGCACCGAGAUUCUUCCCCAGUCACUGCGCCGUGGCCGUUUUUGACAACACCACAACAAAGACACCCAUUGCUGUGGUUGCUGCCAGGGACCUUGAUGAAGGUCUCAAUGCUGAGGUGGUCUAUUCUCUGUCUGACUCUGCCAAUGGACACUUCUCAAUUGAGGAAACCACAGGGGUGAUCCGUCUGGAAAAGCCUCUGAAGGAUUCGCAGCAUUCGGCGUUUGAGCUGACAGUCUGUGCCACUGACCGGGGCACCCCCGAGCCCCUCUCAGCUCUUGGCACGGUCACUGUCUCCGUUGUGGAUCUAAAUGAAUAUCUGCCCGUUUUCCUGGCCCCUGAAUAUGUGGCCAUGGUAAAAGAAGAUGUGGCCGUGGGUACGGAGGUGCUCAACUUGUCAGCCUUGACACGGGACAAUGCAGAAAACACAGAGAUCAAGUAUGAAAUUGUGAAUGGCAAUGACCAUGGGAAGUUUCAGCUCAACUCAAACACAGGUACCUUAUACAUAAAUGGAAGCUUGGACUUUGAAGCGAGUCAUGAGUAUUACUUGUCCAUUGAAGGCACAAGGAAAGGCUCAGCUUCUCUCAGUGAUGUGACCAUGGUGGUGAUCAACAUCACUGACAUCAACGACCACGCACCAGAGUUCAUUCAAGACCCCUACGUCGCUGAUAUCCAGGAGGAUGCUGCGGUUGGAGAAAUCAUCCUCACGGUGUCAGCUGAUGACUUGGAUGGAGCAAUGAACAAUCAGAUCACAUAUUCAAUUGUGGAAGGGAACCCACUGGGACACUUCACCAUUCAACCCAGAAGUGGGCAGAUCAGCAUCGCCAAGCAUCUAGACAGGGAGGAGAUCCCCAGUUAUUCCCUGACAGUUCGAGCCACAGACAACGGCCACCCUCCUCAGUCCAGUGACGUCGCUGUGCAUGUCCAUGUCUCUGAUGUCAAUGACAACCCUCCUCGGUUCUUCCAGCUCAACUACAGCGUGGUGGUGCAGGAGAAUGCUCCCGUGGGUACCAGCGUCCUGGAGCUGAUUAUGAGUGACAGAGACUCCCCAGAAAAUGGACCACCAUAUUCAUUCCAGAUCACCCAGGGCAACGAUGGGAAGGCUUUUAACGUCACCCAAAGUGGUCUGCUGGUGACAUCAUCCAUCCUGAACCGAAGAAUUAAAGAACAGUACCUAUUACAAGUCCAGGUCUCUGACAGCGGUAUCCCUCCCCUGUCCUCAUCUGCAUUUAUAAACAUCCAAGUGACUGAGCAGAGCCAGUACGCCCCCUCAGCCCUCCCCCUGGAAAUAUUCAUCACCACCAACGAGGAAGCUUUCCGAGGGGGUGUUCUGGGCAAGAUCCACGCCACGGACCGAGACCCCCACGACACACUGGUGUACACUUUGGUGGCACAACUGCCCCAGGAAGGGCUCUUCUCCGUUGGGGCUGCAGACGGGAAGAUCAUUGCUGGGGACAAGCUUCCUCACGGCCACUAUCUCCUGAACGUGACAGUCAGCGACGGCACGUUCACGGCCACCACCAGCGUCAACGUCCACGUGUGGUGCUUCACGCAGGAGGCCUUGGACAAGGCGGUGGUGCUGCACUUCCGCCACCUCUCCCCCGAGGAGUUUGUGGGGGACCAUUGGCGCAACUUACAGAGAUUUCUGGGAAACGUCCUUGUCACCCGGCGCCAGAACAUCCACAUGGCCAGCUUACAGCCCGCAGCUGCCUCUGACGGAGUGGACCUGCUCUUGGCUGUUGGAGAGCCGCACGGCUCCUUGUACGAGCCUCGGGUCCUCGCCAACAAGAUCACUGUGUCAGCUGGGGAGAUGGACCAACUGGUGGGGCUCCGGAUGAAGAAGGCAAUUCACGUACCCUGUCACGGGUCAGACUGCGCCCACCGUGUCUGCAAGGAAACCAUCCAGCUGGACCCAGGCAUGAUGUCUACCUACAGCACUGCCCGACUCAGCGUCCUCACCCCACGGCACAGCCUGGAGCAAAUCUGCUCUUGCAAUGGAACAGCGGUGAGGUUUGGAGGCCACAGCUACAUUUGGUACCAGCACUCGCAGGUCGGCUCCUGGCACAUGCACUUUCGCCUAAAGACCCACCAGCUGAACGCAGUGGUGUUCCAUGCUAACGGCACAGACCAGGCCACUUUGGAGAUGGUUAACGGAGUGCCCCAACUCGGGUACCGCUGCCGGGGGCACUCGCGUGGGAACCUGUCCUCCUCACGGGCCGUGAGCGACGGCGAGUGGCACUCAGUCUUCCUGGAGGUGAAGAACACGUCCGUGCGCCUGCUCAUCGACGGCCUGGGGAACGCCUCUCUCCAGCUGCCCGGGACCUGCAGCCUCUCCCGGGGCAGACGAGACCUGAUUUUUGGGGGGCUCCGGCAGCCGCUGCAGUCCCAGAGAGUCACGCGGGGCUUCAGGGGCUGCCUGGACGUGGUUGCCAUCAACGGCAGAGAAGUGGUUCUCCUGCCCGGGAAGGGGCAAUCGAAGGAGGUGGUGGAGGAGGUGGGGAUAAAGCAGUGCUGCUCCCCCGCCGGCGCCUGCAGCAGCAGCCCCUGCCUCAACAACGGGAUGUGCUCCGAAACCCACGGAGGAGGUUACACGUGUAUCUGCCCCGGGCUGUUUUCUGGUGAUCGCUGUGAGCUGGGGGACAGUCCCUGCGACUCCAAACCCUGCCUGCAUGGGGGAACCUGCACCCUCUCUGCCACUGGCUACUCCUGCCACUGCCCUGACUGGUACCUGGGCGAAAGGUGUGAAAAGCUGGCCGAGGAGUGCCCAGACAACCCGUGCCGGAACGACGGGCGCUGCGUCAGCAGCCAGGGCUCCGUCCGCUGCAUCUGCCCGGCGGACUACCAGGGGCACUACUGCACGCAGCCCAUCAUCACCCCGGCCAUCGUGCCCACGCAGUGGGCCGUGGGCCCCGAGGAGAUCGCGGAGAUCGUGGCCGGCGUGCUGGGGGUGGCCAUCCUGGCCGUGGCCUUC